GAGCGGCGGGGGCGGAGCGCGGCCCAGGCGGCGGCCGGGCUGAGCCGGGCGGCGCCGCGGGCAGAGCUGUUUUUGAAGAUCAUAAUGCAGCAGAAAAAUGAAAAGCUAUAGAAGACAUUUGCUUUGGCAAAGAAGUCAGCUGCUGGCCCAGUCUGGAAGAUGGACCACUGGUUUUGGGAAGCUUGGGAAAUACUGCUUCCAAAAGCAAGUUUUCCUAACCUAGAAGAAAAGACACAGUGCUCAGCUAUUUGUGAGUUUAAAUCACAACAAACUGUACAGAAGAUUGCAGUGCAGAAGGAAGACACUUGAGCUCCAAAGCAGGUGGGCUCCUGAUGUGCUUCUAAACUCAGAAACUUCUCCACAACUUACUGUUGAAUCGUACAGCUUUCCUCUAAAAACUACUGAGAGCAAAAGUAUCCUGUCCCUAUUGCAAAGCUGAAAGCUCAUCUGGAGAAGCAGUAAGGAAACUCAACAGUUAAUCCUUUCAGAGUGAAGAUCCCUUGAAUGAAGAAUUUGAAACUGUUGCUGUUCUCAGUAGCAUCUCUGGCCACAUCCAUUAUGUCUUAUGUGACUCACUGGAAGGUGCUGCCUUACCUGUAAAGAAAGGUGGUUUUGUAUAUAGCGGGGAGGAGAGCAAUAAUGAUGAGGGCAACACAGUCCUGGUAGUUUUAAAUAGCUAUAAAAGGAAAUGCUGUUGCAAAGGGAGUGGAAUGGAACUUGUGGCCCUUUGACAGUUCUAAAGAGGUCCAAAUUUAAUCAUCAUACUGUAAAAAAGAGAUUUUUAUUUAUGAUGCAUAAGAAACUUUCUAUGGUUAGGUUUCGGUAUAGAAUCAUAAAAUUCCCGAAACUUCGAGCAAGAGGCAAGACUUGCAAAUUAAGAAAAAUCAAGCAAAGGUGGGUGCAGAAAGUUACAAGGGACCAUCAAGAAACGCUUCAGCGGGAUUUUGAAAGUGGAUUGUGUAAUUUGUUUUCCUCCUGGAAAUCUAAAAGUAAGCGUCUUUGGAAGCGGUACAGCUUAUCAGAUAUGAACAAUAAUACACCCAAAUCUUUAGGAGCGGAGAAUGAAGUAUGUGCACCUGAGAUCUGCCACACACAGGAUGUGUCUGCUGAGCCAUGUUCUGAGGAUGCAGAAUCUGGAGGGCAGGAUGGCAGUGUGGAUGCUGGCCCACCAGAACUGCAUGUUAGAGCUUCUCCAGAGGCAGAAACCGUGCACCAAGUGGAGACCAAUGGGGCUCUAGCAGAGGAUCAUUGCUCUGACAUUGUUGUCUCUGUGACAGGAAAAGAAAUUGCUGUUUCAGAUCAAGAUGGUGAAGAAUCCAAGGAGGUUGUGGGUAUAGAUGGAAUGACACUGUUGCAGUCCUCCUUGCAGGAUUCUGAUGUCAGUGAUAAUUUUGCAAAUGGACCUUUAUCCAUGGAGCUGACACAGAAUGAGGACAGCUUUAGCCAGAUGGAAGUAGAAGGCUCUUUAAACUUGGACAUUUUUAGUUCAAAACUACUAGAUCACCCUUACUGUAAAAGUCCUCUUGAGGAGCCUUCACCAGAAAGCACAGGACUGAAAUCAGGAACUCGGAAGGGAGGCAAGAGGAACAGUCAGAAAACUUCCCGAGUGGCUGAUGAGCAGUUGGCAACGUGGCUUUGUGGAUUCCUAGAUGAGGUUAUGAAGAAAUACGGCAGUUUAGUACCACUCUGUGAAAAAGAUGUCAUGGGAAGAUUAAAAGAAGUCUUUAAUGAAGAUUUCUCCCAUAGAAAACCUUUUAUCACCAGGGAAAUCAUGAUGUAUCGAGAAAAACAUCCAAAAACCUCCACUUGCAAUUUCCGGGUGUUCUAUAAUAAGCACAUGCUAGAUAUGGAUGAUUUGGCUACACUGGAAGGCCAGAACUGGCUGAAUGACCAGAUAAUUAACAUGUAUGGUGAACUCGUAAUGGAUGCAGUCCCUGAAAAGGUUCAUUUCUUUAACAGCUUUUUUCAUAGACAGCUCGUAACCAAAGGAUAUAAUGGGGUAAAACGAUGGACUAAAAAGGUGGACUUGUUUAAAAAGACUCUCCUGUUAAUUCCUAUUCACCUGGAAGUCCACUGGUCCCUCAUUACUGUGAACAUCCCCAGUCGAAUUAUUUCAUUUUACGAUUCCCAAGGCAUUCAUUUUAAGUUUUGCGUAGAGAACAUUCGAAAGUAUUUGCUGACUGAAGCAAAAGAGAAGAAUCGCCCCGAGUUCCUUCAGGGUUGGCAGACUGCUGUGACAAAGUGCAUUCCACAACAGAAAAAUGACAGUGACUGUGGGGUUUUUGUGCUCCAGUACUGCAAGUGCCUCGCCUUAGACCAGCCUUUUCAGUUCUCCCAGGAAGAUAUGCCCCGAGUGAGAAAAAGGAUUUACAAGGAGCUGUGUGAACGCCAGCUAAUAGACUAAUAAAAUGCAGCCAACCUAAUUUCUCUGGCAUUUCUGACAAGUUGCAGCUGGUGUUUGUGUACUUGAAUUUCUGAAAACUUCCAUGAAUUUUGAGCGAUUCUCAGCUGAGUGGUGUGGCCACUGUCGUUACCUCAAUCUUUUGCAAAGUUCUUUAAUUGGCAGAACAUAGCAGAGCUGCCAUAGACUAUUCCUAAUGUCAGUUUGGUUCUCUUAUGUUCUCUCCUGUAUUUAAUAUUUAUUAUUUCAGCAUGCAUAUAGGCAAAGCAUGCAACUACAACCAUGAAACGGUUAGAUUUGGGGCACCUUUGAGGUGUAGCUAGAAAUGACAAAUACAGGUGAAUUUGUCUGGAAAAAUAAAGAUGCAUGAUAUGUUUUCUGAUGCAAUAAUGCUUUGAAUGUAUGGAAAAAAAAAAUCAAUGCCAUAAAAAGAACAGCUAGAAUCUAUUUGAUAGUUCCAUUGUCCCUGUCGUGGCUGUGUAAUACUGAAUACCACAUUUUAGGGUGGCUAAACUCAUCUACAGUUUUAAUUUGUGAAGACUCCUUUUUCAAAUAGUUCAAGUUGCUAAUAAAGUUUGUUCUGUUAGCAUUUCUCUGGCUGUCAUUAUCAGCCUGUCCCUAUAGAUAAAAAGCAGCCUUUGCACAAAUAAAGCUUCAGCACUUGUCUGUAUAAUAGAAAGUACAGAAGUGUUCAGUCAAUCAGAUGGAUGGUAAGUUCCUAGAUGCUGCAGAAGUCUCCAUGAUGUGUGUAUUAAGGAGAAUUAUAAAGCUGACCCUGAAGAAUCAGAGCUUAGAUAGUAAGAUAAACUCCUUGGCUGUAACUGUUUACAUCUCAGAUGGCUUUGAGUCAUUUCUCAGAUCCACGAUAUGCAGUAAAAAUGUACCAUUUCUCCCUUCAGCUCUGUCUUCAAAGCUUGUUGUCUUUAACUUCCCGUUGGCUUUUGCUUUUGUUCAAAUGUAAAUGAAUUAAUUUCUGCUGCA